AUGUAUGCACCGGAAGUAACCACAACACUGGAGAGGAACUUCUAUGUUGAUGAUCUAUUAAAGUCAACAAACAACAAGGAAAAUGCAGUUUUGCUUUGUAAGGAUCUCCGAGAAAUGCUCGGUCGAGGUGGAUUAAGACUUACAAAGUGGAUGUCGAACUGCCCAGAAGUUGUUGAUUCAAUCCCACCGGAAGAGCGAGCAAAACCGUCCCUAACUGUCAAUCUAGAAGAUGACAACGAGUUCGAAAGAACACUCGGUCUUCAGUGGAACAUCCGAGAUGAUGCUUUCUUUUUUGACGUACAUCUGAAAGAAAAGGCGCCUACACGAAGAGGAGUUUUAUCUGUAGCGAGCUCCUUAUACGAUCCGUUAGGAUUUGUAGCUCCAGUGACAUUGAUUCCAAAGUUGAUACUACAAAACGCAUGUCGUCAAGGCUUAACGUGGGAUCAAAAACUUAAUGAAUCCGACAUAGAAAAGUGGUGUGAUUGGCUUACAAAUUUGCCAAAGUUGUCAUCUGUCAUAAUUGAAAGGUGUCUAAAGGCGAGUGACCUUGAUAUCUCGUCAUGCAAUGUAGAGCUGCAUAUGUUCAGUGAUGCUUCACAAUACGCCUACGGAGCAGCAGCAUACAUUAAGAUAUAUGACAGACAAGGAAACGGCAAAUGUUCAUUUGUGAUGGGAAAAUCUAGGUUAGCGCCCAUCAAGACCGUAACCAUACCGAGACUUGAAUUAGCAGCUGCAGUAGUAUCGGUAAAAUUGUUUCAGAUGCUGAUUAAAGAACUGGACACAAAGGGCGACAACUGCUAUUUUUGGACCGACUCAAUGAUUGUUUUAGGGUAUGUUCGAAAUACUUCACGGCGUUUUAAGACGUAUGUAGCUAACAGGUUAGCUCUUAUUCAUGAACUGACUUCCCCAAAUGAUUGGAGGUACGUGCCCACAAACAUGAAUCCAGCUGACUUAGCUUCCAGGGGUGUACACCCGGAGGAAGGAGGGAAACUUUUUAUAUGGUUGAACGGACCAAAAUUUCUGAACAUGGAGAAAGAUGAUUGGCCACAUGAACCUGAUGGAAUCACGACGGAGUACGAAGAUGUUGAAAUGAAACCAGCUGUAGUGACUAGUAUGGUCCAGUCUCAAUGCCAGGACGUGGUAUCUGAUAUCCUAAACAGAUAUUCAGAUUGGUAUAAACUGCAACGAGCUGUUGCUUGGCUGCUUAGGUUGAAGAUAUUUAUGAUACACAGAUACUUGAAACAUGAAACAAAGGAGAUAUUUACAGGUGGUUGUUUGUCACUGAAAGAAAUUAAAACUGCUAGGAAGUUGAUACUAAUGAAGGUGCAGGAAAGUGCCUAUGGUGACGAAUUUAGUAAACUGACUUCAAAUAAGAAGAUAGCAACAUCAAGCUCGCUAGUAAAACUGUGUCCAGUGCUUAAUGAGGGUCUGUUACGAGUUGGCGGGCGAUUUCAGUAA